AUGAACGGAGCAUCAACAACAAGUAAUAGUAAUAAUAAGACUGUAUAUUUAAUUAGACAUGGUCAAUCAACAUUUAAUGCAGCUUAUGCCAUAAACAAAGUUGAUCCAUGGCACUUUGAUGCACGUCUAUCAGAGUUGGGUCAGACACAAGCAAACGAUUUAGCAAAACAUGCCGAAGGUUUAAAUGUUGAUCUAAUCAUCUCUUCACCAUUAACAAGAGCUCUAGAUACAACUCGUAGAGGUUUUUCUGAAGUUAUUAAACAAAAAUCAAUUAAAGUUCAAGUAAUAACAUAUCAUAGUGAACAUGUAGCAACAAGUGAUGAUAAUGGUAGAUUUAGAUCUCAUGUUGAAAAGGAAUUCCCAGAGUUUGAUCUAUCACACAUUCAAGAGAGAUGGUGGUAUAUGCCAGAGGAUGUUAGAACAGAUGAAAAGAUUGAUCCAGAGGAAUACUUUAAAACCAUUGGAUUCAAGGAACCAUGGGAACAUUUGGACAAGAGAAUUCAACAAUUUAAAGAUUAUAUCAUGGAUCGUAAUGAAAGUGUCAUUGCUGUUAUUGGUCAUUCUGAAUUUUUCCAUCAAUUGUUUGAAAAGAAAUUACCUUGGUUUAAGAAUUGCCAAAUUCUUAAAUGGAAUCCAUUUACAAAUGAAACUGAAUGGGUUACCAAUUAA